AUGGCGCCUGCAUUGUUUGGGAAAGUGAAAUCCAAGGGCAGGAAGUGGUUGCAGGCCUCUCACCGGGAAUCCUCGACUCCUUCGCCACAAACACUUUCGCCAACACCAUCUCGACCUUCAUCCCAACUAGCUGCUCGACCGACAUCUCAGCCAACGCCCUCUCCGCAUAUCUCGACGGAUUCCGACACCUCCUCGCUGACGAGUCUACAAGAGCGGCUUUGGAAUAAGGCCUACGAUGGGCUCAAAGCGAGCGAGCCCAAACUAGUCGGGGCGUACGAGAAGAUCUUGGGUUCUAAACUGCACGAGGACGGCCCUAGCUCCGUUGCCUCCGAACCGACUGACAAUGGAAUAGCAAGCGCUUGGGGCCCAAGAUGCCGCCAAAUGCAGCAGUUGAUCCAGGCAGGGCUGGGCCGGACGCAGAAGCAAGCGUCCAUCAAGCAAGGCAUUGACGAAGGCUUGCAAGCAAUACAAGCGGUGAGGGGAAUAAUGGACAGCGCGGUAAAGGCCGCACCAGAAGCCGCCGUUGCCUGGGUCGGCGUCUGCCUUGGAUUAGAGAUCCUUUCGAACCCCGUCACCGAGGCACGCGCAAACCGCAAAGGCAUCGCCUACGUCCUGUCAAGAAUAGAGUGGUACUGGAACUUAGUGUCUCUACUUCUCGACGAGAACAAGGCCGAGCAAUCUUCCGUGGGACUGCGAGUCCAACUAGAGGAGCACGUCGUGCAGCUCUACGAGAAACUUCUUUCCUAUCAGAUGAAGAGCGUCUGCAUUUACUACCGGAACUCGGCUGUCGUCAUCGGAAGGGAUAUGCUCAAACUCGAUGACUGGGCUGGCCAGUUCAGCGAGAUCAAGGAAGCAGAGGAUGCCGUGCAAAGAGACAUGGAACAAUACAACACAGAAGAGAGCAAGAUACGACUGCAGAAAAUCGCCAAAACCGCUAGCGCUAUAGAGAUGAAGCUCCAAGACAUUCAUGCGGCCAUCAAAGGCGUACAUUUGGCCAUUGAAGCGCAAACGCAACAUCAAGAGAAGAGACACCAAGACGACGAGGCGAAGCAAUGUCUGAAAGACCUGCGCGAGACCGACCCUCGCGACGACAAGACGCGCAUCGAAGCUACAAAGGGCGGCCUGCUCAGGGACUCGUACCGCUGGAUUCUUGAUAAUGACGAAUUUCGGCGAUGGCGUGACGAUCCACAAAGCCAGCUGCUCUGGAUCAAAGGCGAUCCUGGCAAGGGCAAGACGAUGCUGCUGUGCGGCAUCAUCGACGAACUGGAGAAGGAACCCGGCAAACACCUGUCCUACUUCUUCUGCCAGGCCACCGAGACACGACUGAGCAAUGCGACGGCCGUGCUGCGUGGCCUGAUCUACCUUCUCGUCGACCAACAGCCGUCGCUCAUCUCGCAUGUUCGGGAGAAGCACGACCAUGCGGGUAAGCAGCUUUUUGAGGAUGGGAAUGCCUGGGAAGCCUUAUCUAAGAUCCUCACGGCCAUGCUUAAUGACCCGGGCGUGGAUGGUGCGAUCCUGAUUGUUGAUGCCCUCGAUGAAUGCAAGACAAAUCGCCAUCAGCUUCUCGACUUCAUCACUAAACCUUCCCGCGUCAAGUGGAUCGUCUCUAGCCGUAACUGGCCGGACAUUGAGGAGAAACUGGACAAUUUGGAGCAGAAAGUCAGGCUGCGCCUUGAGUUGAACAAGGACUCAAUCUCCAAGGCUGUCAAUACCUACAUCGGACACAAGGUGAAUCGACUGGCAGGUCUUAAGAAAUACGACAAGGAAACAGGGGACGCUGUUCAACGUCACUUGGUUGGCAAUGCCGAUGGCACCUUUCUCUGGGUCGCCUUGGUCUGUCAAGAGCUAGCAGAUCCCAAGGUCCGAAAACGGCAUACACUCGACACAUUGAAGUCAUUCCCCCCAGGUCUUGAUCCUCUCUAUAAGCGAAUGGUGGAACAUAUCAGCGAUUCGAAAGAUGCAGAUCGUUGCAGAGAGAUCCUCGCUCUUGCUUCGGUCGUAUACCGACCCAUCACCCUAGACGAGUUAAAGGCUCUUGCCCAGUCGCUCGAAGAUCUCGACCAGGAUGAGUUGGAAGAAAUCAUCAGCUCCUGUGGUUCUUUUCUGACUCUUCAAAAAGGCGUCAUCUACUUUGUGCAUCAAUCAGCCAAAGAUUUCCUGCUCAAGAACGCGUCAAAACAAAUCCUACCUUCUGGCAUUGCGCACCAGCACUAUGCCCUCUUCUCGAGGUCGCUAGGGGUCCUGUCGGAAACUCUUCGACGAAACGUCUACAGUCUCAACACGCCAGGAUUCUCCAUUGAUCAGGUCUCACCGACUAAUCCCGACCCAUUAUCCCCAAUUCGAUAUUCAUGCGUCUACUGGGUUGACCAUCUUCACGACUCAGAUGUCGCAGAAGUCAACGACAUUCUGCGGGAUAACGGCAACGUCCAUGUAUUCAUCCAGAAGAAGUACUUGUAUUGGCUGGAAUGUCUUGGUCUGCUACGAAGCAUGUCGGAGGGAAUCAAGGCGGUACAUAAGCUCGAGGCUUUAGUGAAAAUCGCGGGAGCGCAGAAACUGACAGAACUACUUCGAGAUGCGCGCCGAUUCAUUCUUUCUCAUGCUCGCGCCAUCGAGAUUGCUCCAUUGCAGGCUUAUGCGUCCGCACUCGUGUUCAGUCCUGAACGCAGUCUCACCAGAGAGCUCUUUAAGAAGGAGGAGCCGGAUUGGAUGGUAUUGAAGCCAAGAAUGGAGGCAGAUUGGAACGCUUGCCUGCAGACGCUUGAGGGCCAUGGCGGGGAGGUGAGGUCGGUGGUGUUCUCGGCAGAUGGCCAGCGUAUUGCAUCUGGCUCAGAUGAUAAGACAGUCAAGAUCUGGGACGCAGCCACGGGCGCAUGCAAGCAGACGCUUGAGGGCCAUGGCGAUUGGGUGACGUCGGUGGUGUUCUCGGCAGAUGGCCAGCGUCUUGCAUCUGGCUCACAUGAUAAGACAGUCAAGAUCUGGGACGCGGCCACGGGCGUAUGCGAGCAGACGCUUGAGGGCCAUGGCCAUUGGGUGAUGUCGGUGGUGUUCUCGGCAGAUGGCCAGCGUCUUGCAUCUGGCUCAGCUGAUAAGACAGUCAAGAUCUGGGACGCAGCCACGGGCGCAUGCGAGCAGACGCUUGAGGGCCAUGGCAGUUCGGUGUUGUCGGUGGUGUUCUCGGCAGAUGGCCAGCGUAUUGCAUCUGGCUCAGAUGAUAAGACAGUCAAGAUCUGGGACGCAGCCACGGGCGCAUGCGAGCAGACGCUUGAGGGCCAUGGCGGGGAGGUGAGGUCGGUGGUGUUCUCGGCAGAUGGCCAGCGUAUUGCAUCUGGCUCAGAUGAUAAGACAGUCAAGAUCUGGGACGCAGCCACGGGCGCAUGCGAGCAGACGCUUGAGGGCCAUGGCCAUUCGGUGAUGUCGGUGGUGUUCUCGGCAGAUGGCCAGCGUCUUGCAUCUGGCUCAGCUGAUAAGACAGUCAAGAUCUGGGACGCAGCCACGGGCGUAUGCGAGCAGACCCUCGAGGGCCAUGGCGAUUGGGUGACGUCGGUGGUGUUCUCGGCAGAUGGCCAGCGUCUUGCAUCUGGCUCACAUGAUAAGACAGUCAAGAUCUGGGACGCGGCCACGGGCGUAUGCGAGCAGACGCUUGAGGGCCAUGGCGAUUGGGUGACGUCGGUGGUGUUCUCGGCAGAUGGCCAGCGUCUUUCAUCUGGCUCAUAUGAUAAGACAGUCAAGAUCUGGGACGCAGCCACGGGCGCAUGCGAGCAGACGCUCGAGGGCCAUGGCCAUUCGGUGACGUCGGUGGUGUUCUCGGCAGAUGGCCAGCGUCUUGCAUCUGGCUCAUAUGAUAACACAGUCAAGAUCUGGGACGCAGCCACGGGCGUAUGUGAGCAGACGCUUAAUGGCCAUGGCAAUUGGGUGAAUUCGGUGGUGUUCUCGGCAGAUGGCCAGCGUAUUGCAUCUGGCUCAGAUGAUAAGACAGUCAAGAUCUGGGACACAGCCACGGGCACAUGCGAGCAGACGCUUAACGUUAGGAGAGUAUUAUAUCACCUUUCAUUUGAUCCAACGUCAAAUGCUCUCCUCUCUACCGAUAUUGGACUUCUAAAUCUGGAUCGCCCGGCUCUGCCGCCUGUCAUAAAUGAUCGGUCGGCUGAGAUAACAUUACCGCGUGUUAGCCAUUCUGGAUGGGGUAUAAGCGCGGAUGGCGAAUGGAUUGUUGAAGAUGGAAAGAAGAUGCUUUGGCUGCCUCCGGACUAUCGAGGGGGCAGGCCCGCUAUUGAUAGAUCAACGGUCGCUAUCGGCUGUCGAUCAGGUCGUGUGCUAGUGAUGAAGUUCUCUUAA